AUGGCGCCCGCGCCUAUCUCCGCCGCCGCCUUCUUCUUCUCCGUCGUCGUCAUCGUCUUCUUCAUUUUUCUCGAUGUCAUGAUACCGGCUCAUGCGUCGAGUGACCGUUCCGCGCUUAUGAUCUUCAAGUCCGGCGUGUCCGGUGACCCCAAUGGCGCGCUCGCCGACUGGGGAUCACCCGACGUGUGCAAUUGGACUGGUGUCUCCUGCGACACGCCGAGGCGGCGCGUCGUUAGGUUGAUGCUACGCGAUCUGAGGCUCUCCGGUGAGGUCUCCGGCGCGCUCGGCAACCUCUCCCACCUUGGUAUACUCGAUCUCUCCGGGAACCACUUCACCGGCGAAGUGCCGCCGGAGCUCGGGGGCCUCUCCAAGCUGCAGCAGCUCAGCCUUGGCAACAACCUCUUGGAGGGUGCGAUUCCGGUGGAGCUCACGCGGAUGUCGAGCUUGAGCUACCUCAACCUCGGCGAGAACAACUUCUCCGGCCACAUCCCGGCGGCCAUCUUCUGCAACUUCUCCUCCUUGCAGUACAUUGACCUCUCGUCCAACUCGCUCGACGGCGAGAUCCCCAUUGAUUGCCCGCUCCCCAACCUGACGUUCCUCGUCCUGUGGUCGAACAACCUCGUCGGCGGGAUCCCCCGCUCGCUGUCGAACUCGACGAAGCUCAAAUGGCUGCUGCUGGAGUCCAAUUACCUCUCCGGCGAGCUCCCCGCCGACGUGUUCGGCAACAUGAGGAGCUUGGAGCUUCUGUACAUGUCGUUCAACUACCUCAGGAGCCCAGGGAACAACACCGAUCUCGAGCCGUUCUUUGCCUCUCUGGCCAACUGCACAAGCUUGAGGGAGCUCGGUGUCGCCGGCAACGAGCUCGCCGGCGUGAUCCCUCCGCUGGUCGGCCGCCUCAGCUCCGGCCUCACGCAGCUUCACCUCGAGUACAACAGCAUCCUCGGCGCGAUCCCGGCGAACCUCUCCAACCUCACCAACCUCACGGCUCUCAACCUGUCGCACAACCUCCUCAACGGCUCCAUCCCUCCGGCCAUCGCCGGCAUGCGACGGCUCGAGCGGCUGUACCUAUCCGACAACCUGCUCUCCGGCGAGAUCCCGCCGUCGCUUGGCGUGAUCCCGCGGCUGGGGCUCGUCGACCUCUCGAGGAACCGGCUCACCGGCGGCAUCCCGGCCACGCUCUCCAACCUCACCCAGCUCCGGCUGCUCGUCCUGCAUCACAACCACCUCGCCGGAGUCAUCCCUCCCAGCCUCGCGCAGUGCGUAAACCUACAGAAUUUCGAUCUUUCUCACAACAUGCUGCGAGGCAAGAUCCCUGAAGAUUUGUCGGAGCUGAGCGGAUUGCUUUAUCUGAAUCUUUCGAGCAAUCUGUUGGAAGGGACGAUCCCGGCGACCAUCGGCAAGAUGGUGAUGCUGCAGGUGCUCAACUUGUCGUCGAACCGGCUCUCCGGCGACAUCCCGCCGCAGCUCGGCGGCUGCGUCGCGCUCGAGUACGUCAACCUCUCCGGAAACGCGCUGGAUGGCGGCCUCCCCGACACCGUCGCCGCGCUGCCGUUCUUGCAGGUUCUUGACGUGUCCUACAAUGGCCUCACUGGAGCUCUGCCUCCGGCGCUGGGGACGGCGGCGUCGUUGCGGCGGGUCAAUUUCUCGUACAAUGGGUUCUCCGGUGAGGUGCCGACUGAUGGCGCCUUCGCGAGCUUCCCUGCAGACGCGUUCCUCGGCGACGGUGGGCUGUGCGGGGUGAGGCAUGGCAUGGCACCGUGCGGCGGCGGCGGCGGAGAGAAGCGCCGCGUGUUUCAUGACCGGCGCGUGGUGCUGCCGAUUGUUAUCACGGUGGUUGGCUUCGUGCUGGCUAUUCUCGGCGUCGUCGCGUGCCGUGCGGCGGUGAGAGAGGAGAUGAGGCGAGACGCGCGCCGGUCAAUGCUGCUCGCAGGCGGCGUCGGCGACGAGCCGGGCGAGAGGGACCACCCGAGGAUCUCGCACCGGGAGCUCGCCGAGGCGACGGGCGGCUUCGAGCAGUCGAGCCUCAUCGGCGUCGGGCGGUUCGGGCGCGUCUACGAGGGUACGCUCCGCGACGGCACGCGCGUCGCCGUCAAGGUGCUCGACCCGAAGAGCGGCGGCGAGGUCUCCCGGAGCUUCAAGCGGGAGUGCGAGGUGCUGCGGCGGACGCGCCACCGGAACCUGGUGCGCGUGGUGACCACCUGCAGCCAGCCGGACUUCCACGCGCUCGUGCUCCCCCUCAUGCGCAACGGCAGCCUCGAGAGCCGCCUCUACCCGCGCGACGGCCGCCCCGGACGCGGCCUCGACCUCGCCCAGCUCGUCGCCGUCGCCGGCGACGUCGCCGAGGGGCUCGCCUACCUCCACCACUACGCGCCCGUCCGCGUCGUGCACUGCGACCUCAAGCCGAGCAACGUCCUCCUCGACGACGACAUGACGGCCGUCGUCGCCGACUUCGGCAUCGCCAAGCUGCUCAAGAACGUCGACACCACCAACUCCGGCAGCAUCGCCGCCGCCUCAUCUGAUCCUUGCAACUCCAUCACCGGAUUGUUACAAGGUUCAGUCGGCUACAUUGCACCAGAGUAUGGAUUAGGAGGGCAUCCAUCUCCACAGGGCGACGUGUACAGCUUCGGCGUGAUGAUGCUCGAGCUGAUCACCGGCAAGAGGCCGACGGACGUCAUCUUCCACGAGGGCCUCACGCUGCACGACUGGGUCAGGCGCCACUACCCGCACGACGUCGCCGCCGUGGUGGCGCGGUCGUGGCUGACGGACGCGGCGGCGGUGGACGGCGCCGCCGCCGCCGUGGGCUACGACGACGUCGUGGCCGAGCUGAUCGACCUCGGGCUCGCGUGCACGCAGCACUCGCCGCCGGCGCGGCCGACCAUGGUGGAGGUGUGCCACGAGGUCGCCCUCCUCAAGGAGGACCUCGCCAAGCACGGGCACGGCGGCGUGGACAUUUUGACGUGCCUUUGA